UCCCAGCUCCUGCCACGCUGACCGGAGGGCUCUUGGUGAGGUGAGAAGACAACUUGACUCAUAAGGACAUGGCUCAGAUGGGGAAGGAAUUUAAGGCUGGCGUUGACUUGCAAAGAGACAAGGAUGGUGGUCCUCGGGGUGGAGAGUCUACUGAUGAGGAAGAAGUGGAAGUUGAAGAUGAUGCUCUAACAGAUGAAGAACGAAGGUUUCUAGAACAAUUCCACAGCUGGAGAAAGAACGAAAACAAGCGCAUUAGAACACUCUAUGCCAUCGCUGACAACAUUGACAAAAGAGACCGAAAAGCCACCAAAACCAAAGUGAUGACUAACUCUGCGUCAGUCAUCUCUGGAGCCAUGUGUCUGCUGGGUUUGGUCCUUGCUCCAGUAACUGCAAGCGGAAGCCUGGUGCUCACUGCUGCUGGGACGGGUUUGGGGGCCGCUGCUGGGAUCACCAACAUCGUGACUGAUGUGAAGGAAGACUCUCACAACAAAAGCGCCCUAGCUCAGGCCAACAGAAUCAUACCUAGUAGUGACGAAGAGCUUGAGGAGGUCACGGGAAAGAAGACAGCCUAUGCCACGGCCGCCAGUGAGAUUGUCUACAAAUGUACGAGCGCCUGGGAAACCAUCCGAAAGCACAUCCGAGCCCUCCAGCUAACCAAAACACACCCCCAUGUUGCCUCGGCUGCCAGCAAGCUCAUGACUGCUGGCCGGGUCUCAACCCGAAGCAGCAGGCAGAUACAAAAGGCCUUUGGGGGCACAGCUCUGGCAAUGACCAAAGAUGCCCUCAGGAGGAACAGUCUACCUGCCAUCUUCUUUCUCGGCCAGGACAUAUAUGCUCUCUUGAAGGACUGGGAGAAACUACAGGCUGGAAAGCCAACAGAGCUUGCAAAAGAGUUAAGAUCACGGGCUCAGAAGCAGGAGCGGGUGGUAUCAGAACGCACCUGUCGCUAUGAAAGGCUGAAGAAGAGACUCAGAGACUCAAAGAGGCCUGUGAGGUCUUUGAAAAGAACCACGGAGAUUCAGCCUCGGCCUCUAUCCUCCACUGAGAAAGCAAAGCCCAGGGGACAGCAGCGAAGACAAGCUGAGACCUCGGGGUUUUGA